AGGGAGGAGGAAGGAGGAAGGCGAGUUGUGGCUUUGCGGUGUGGUUUACGCCGAGAUCAGAGCUACGAGUGCCUGGGGGUGGGAGCAGAAGGAGAAAGGGCGUCUGAUGCCAGCUGCCAACAUGACAGAAACCCUGCAGCUCCCGGCGCUGCGGGUCCCCGAGCAGCAGGUGCUGGAGGGCGGCUGCGCCUGGUCCAGCUCGUCCACCCCGACCCUGCGCAGGAAGCGCUUCAAGAUGAGGCGGAUGAAGAACGUGCAGGAGCAGAGCCUGGAGGCUGGCAGGUACCAGGAGUCUCCUUCCUCCAGCAAGGAAUACCUGCAGCUCCCAUCCAUUGAGAUCACCCCCUCCAGUGACGAGGACACCCCCUGGUCCAACUGCUCCACUCCCAGUGCCUCCCCGCGCCGCAAGCGCUUCCUCCUUCGGAAGUGGCUGCGCGUCCGAGAGAAGAAGGAGUGCAGUGAGAGCAGCAGCCAGCAGAGCAGCCAGCAGAGCAGCCACAACGAUGACUCUGCCCGCUUCCUGAGCCCCUCCAUGCGCGAGGACAGUACCGCCAGUAACUCCAACCGCAGCACGCCCGCCUGCUCCCCGAUCCUGCGCAAACGCUCGCGCUCGCCCACGCCGCAGGACGCCCCGGGGGACGCCAUGGUGGAGAAGGGCUCCGACCACUCCUCGGACAAGUCCCCGUCCACGCCGGAGCAGGGUGUCCAGCGGAGCUGCUCCUCCCAGUCAGGCCGCAGCGGGGCCAAGAACUCCAAGAAAAGCCAGAGUUGGUAUAAUGUGUUGAGCCCCACGUACAAGCAGCGCAAUGAGGAUUUCAGGAAACUCUUCAAGCAGCUCCCGGACACCGAGCGCCUCAUCGUGGAUUACUCAUGUGCUCUCCAGAGGGACAUUCUCCUGCAGGGCCGCCUCUACCUCUCCGAGAACUGGAUCUGCUUCUACAGCAACAUCUUCCGCUGGGAGACCCUGCUGACAGUUCGCUUGAAGGACAUCUGCUCCAUGACCAAGGAGAAGACAGCACGGCUCAUUCCCAAUGCCAUCCAAGUUUGCACUGACACUGAAAAGCACUUUUUUACUUCCUUUGGGGCUCGGGACAGGACGUACAUGAUGAUGUUCAGACUCUGGCAGAAUGCUCUGCUUGACAAGCCCCUGUGCCCGAAGGAGCUCUGGCACUUUGUCCACCAGUGUUACGGCAACGAGCUGGGGCUGACCAGCGACGACGAAGACUACGUGCCUCCUGAUGAUGACUUCAACACCAUGGGCUACUGUGAAGAAAUCCCCGUGGAGGAGAAUGAAGUCAACGACAGCUCCUCCAAGAGCAGCAUGGAGGCCAAGCCAGAAGCCAGCCCUCAGCUGCCAAAGAAAUCUGUCACUGCCAGCACCCUGACCUCCACGGGCAGCAGUGAAGCCCCAGCCUCGUUCGAUGGAGUGCUCCCAGAAGAGGAGGAGGCAGUGGCAGAGAGUCCUGUGGAGAAGGACCUUGGCAUUGCCAACAUCAUGGGAGAGAAGAUCGACAUCAUUGGCCCUGUGAACUCCCCCUCCCUGGACUUCAAUGACAACGAGGACAUUCCCACAGAGCUCAGUGACUCCUCAGACACCCACGAUGAAGGGGAAGUCCAGGCCUUUUACGAGGACCUGAACGGGCGCCAGUACGUGAACGAGGUGUUCAACUUCAGCGUGGACAAGCUCUACGACCUGCUCUUCACUGACUCCCAGUUCCAGAGGGACUUCAUGGAGCAGCGCCGCUUCUCUGACAUUAUCUUUCACCCCUGGAAGAAGGAGGAAAAUGGCAAUCAGACCAGAGUGAUCCUGUACACCAUCACCCUCACCAACCCUCUGGCCCCCAAAACUGCCACAGUCACUGAGACUCAGACAAUGUACAAAGCCAGCCAGGAGAGCGAGUGCUAUGUCAUAGAUGCAGAGGUGCUAACUCACGACGUCCCCUACCACGAUUAUUUCUACACCAUUAACCGCUACACGUUGACUCGUGUUGCCAGAAACAAAAGCCGACUCAGGGUUUCCACAGAAUUACGCUACAGGAAACAGCCUUGGGGGCUGGUGAAAUCCUUCAUUGAGAAGAAUUUUUGGAGCGGCCUGGAAGAUUAUUUCCGUCACUUAGAGAGCGAGCUGACCAAAACAGAGAGCACGUACCUGGCUGAGGUGCACAGACAAUCCCCCAAAGAGAAGGUGAGCAAGCAAUCCACGGUGCGGCGGCGGAAACGCGCCCACGCCCACCUGAGGGUGCCACACCUGGAGGAGGUGCUCAGCCCCGUCACCACCCCCACGGAUGAGGAGGUUGCCCAUCGAAUCAAGCACGUGGCAGGUUCCACUCAGACACGGCACAUCCCUGAGGAGAGCCCCAGUGGCUUCCACCUGCAGAGUGUCUCCAAGCUGCUCCUUGUCAUCAGCUUUGUUCUGGUGCUGCUGGUCAUUCUCAACAUGAUGCUGUUCUACAAACUCUGGAUGUUGGAGUACACCACGCAGACGCUGACGGCGUGGCAGGGCCUGAGGCUGCAGGAGAGGUUACCCCAGUCUCAGUCAGAGUGGGCCCAGUUGCUGGAGUCCCAGCAGAAGUACCACGACUCAGAGCUGCAGAAAUGGCGCGAGAUCAUCAAAUCCUCCGUGAUGCUCCUGGACCAGAUGAAGGAUUCUCUAAUAAAUCUCCAGAAUGGCAUCGGGUCCAGGGACUUCGGGUCAGAUCCAGAGGAGAAAAGGAAACGUUUCCAUUAACAGGCAGGAAUGCAGGAGGCCAGAGGACGGUGUGCAAUAUGUGUAAAUAGGAUAUAUAAAUAUAUAUAUAAAUAUAUAUAUAUAUACAGAUAUAAA